ACAACACACUGGAUGUUAACUCAGUCGAAAGCAUACAGCAGGUCGGUUUGACAUAAAAGCGCAUCUAACAGCAGUAAAUUCAUUACAACAACCGGCCAGUAUCUAUUACGCGCUUUGAUCGUAUUUCAGCACUUCUCGCAGUUCGUUAUAGUCUAAUUUAUGAUCUCGUUGAAAUGUGUUAAAACAGAUUUCGUUGACUGAUUUUAUUCGAAUAUCUGAAUUAAAUAACCGUAUAUUUACACUUGUUUAAUAUCAGUGCUGUGCAAUGCUUGUUAUUUUUGUUGUUGUUACUGUUAUCAGCGCAAUCAACGCAGAAGCUGGGGAUAUCAAAAAUCUUGCUGGUGAACCGGAUUAUAGGAAGGUACGACUUCACUGGGAAGCUCAUGAUCAAGGUGAUUCACAGCCUGAAUUUCAAAUCAGAUACUGUGAACUUCAAACAUGGGGUGCACAGAGGUGUAGAACACAGUUAGUGACAGAGGCGGAAGAAAAUGAGAUAGAUGAUCAAGUUAAAAUUUACACUGCUGAUGUGAAAGGACUUAGAAUGGCCACAACUUAUUCAUUUGAGAUCAAGAAGGCAAAAGAGCAGGGAGAACGAGAAGACAGAGCAGGAGAUGACAAAUAUCAAAAUAUUAUUGUUAUUCCUACCAAAGGAUUUUCAGCCAAAGCCACGCAAUGUCUUCCCGAUGCCAGUGAAAUUGAAGUCUCAACAGGUCCCUUUUUUGGUGGACGAAUUGCUGUUGAAGCAGCAGACGGUGAACGUUGUGCGUUAGAUGGUGAUGUUACUAGUCCUCGUGAUAUAUACACCCUAAGGAUCAAUCACACAGAAUGUGGUAGUCAAGUAAAUGAAACUACUGUCGCUACUUUCGUUAUUGUUCAAGAAAAUCUACCAAUUUUGACUCACAGCACUAGGCGAUUUCUAGUGUUGUGUUCGUAUCAACCGGAAACGCUGACAGUACGUGCCGGAAUAAACUUACCAACGGGACAUUCCGGUCGCGGACAAGCGCACAUGGCUCCGGUACCAUAUGAAGAAGAUAAUUCUUUAGGAAGGCGAGGACGUAAUUUGAGAACUGGACGGCUGUUACAAAAACCUGAAGCGUUAGUGAAAGAAGAGCCGAUAUCUUCUGAGUCCUUGUCAAAGACCAACGCAGUUCCUGUCAUCGUAAUAGCGAUGUUAUCCAUAGCUGGAGUGAUAGGAAUCAUCGCAAUAGCUCUAAAGAUUUCCAACAAAAAACUACUUCAAGAAUUUGAUGAUGUUUCGAUUGCCUCAGAAGUGUCUACAAGUAGUUGUAGCACGACACCAGAUAUGGAAGUAGUUUCUCAAGAUCGCUCCCAGACGCAAGUAAUACAUGUAUAAUAUUACCAUGAAAAUUUGCAGCGAAUGGGAUACUGAUUGAAUUAUAAUCAGCAAAGUGAUGUGAUUAAAAACAGAAACUAGUAAUAUCUGUUUAUUAUAAUUUAUUUUUUAUUUUUGGGGUUUUGUCUAACAAUUGCGUAUUCGGUCUAUAUACUAGGUGUUCGCACUUUCAAUUGAAAUAAGAACACCAUGUAUAGUAUGCAAUUGACUAUUUAUUUAUUUUUCCUUUACAACUUCAUACAACCAAUGAUAAAAGUUUUGUAAAAUAUAAAA